AUGAUUGAAGACAUAACCCUAUUGCAAACGCUUUAUGCAAAGAGGUUAAAGAUCUAUUUUAUAUUGGUGGAAACCUAUACGACAUUUACGAGUGAUGUUUUCGGUCGAUUCAGCAGUUUGGCAAUUAAAAGUGGAGGUGGUGCCUUCAGAAUGAAGGAUUACACAUCUGUCCGCAAGUUUUUCGGCAAUUUCUUUGGUGGAAUCGUCGGGAGUGACAUGGUAUCUUAUAAACCUUUCAACUACACCGGUGCCAGCAAUCAAUAUAUCGAAACAGAUUCGUUCUCUGUCUCCAACAGUUCUCACUAUUCAGCGCUCCUAGUGAGCCCCAAUGGCUCUUCUCUCGUCACAAAAGCUGCCCUCUAUUCGGCUGCAACUGAUAAAGAAGUGGAAGUGUGUACACCUGAAGCUGCGGGUGACGAUCUGACACUCGUCGAUCAUGUGCCAGCAAUGCAGAGAGACGGAUGCCUUUUCCCAUUUGUUCUCAGCUAUGAGUGGUGGUGCAGCAAGCCGAAUGGAGUGUUUCAAGUGCAGGUGGAUUCUACAAUUGGCACGACGAAUAUCACACGAACGCAAAUCCUCACUUGUAUUGACAAAGGAGGCCCAACUUGUAUCCAUGGCAAACCGGAUCCGGAUGGAAAUUGUGUCUGUGAUUUGGGAUGGGGAGGACCGAACUGUCUGACGCGGAUUUGCCAGAAUGGAGGUAAGCCUUCUGUUCCGUAA